GGCGGUAGCCCAACGGACGGCCGCGGCGGCGGCGAUGUACGGCAACGGCACUGGCUCCGAAUUUGGCGGCAAUUACACGGACGAAUAUUCCGGGGGCGACAACUGUUCCGCGUUCCCCGCGUCCCCGUCGUCCGUGUUAAACAACGUCACCGGUUGCUUCGAGGAGACGGCCGUCGUCGUCAUCGUCAAAAACUAUUGGGCGCUCGGGCUGGUCGUGUUCCCCAUACUCACGCUGUUCGGCAACAUGCUGGUCAUAAUCAGCGUGUGCCGGGAACGGGCCCUGCAGUCGGUCACCAAUUAUUUUAUCGUCAGCCUGGCGCUGGCCGACCUGCUGGUCGCCCUCGUCGUCAUGCCGUUCGCCGUCUACGUGCUGGUGAAUGGGAAAUGGGGUUUGCCCCCGUUUGUUUGCGAUUUCUAUAUAGCAAUGGACGUGAUUUGUAGUACAUCGUCCAUAUUCAAUUUGGUGGCAAUCAGUAUAGACAGGUACAUUGCGGUCACGCAGCCAAUAAAAUACGCGAAGCACAAAAACAAUCGGCGAGUGUGGCUGACAAUCGUACUGGUGUGGGCCAUCAGCGCGGCAAUUGGCAGUCCCAUUGUGCUGGGGCUGAACAACACGCCGGACCGGGAGCCGGACCUCUGUGUUUUUUACAACUCGAAUUUCGUCAUUUACUCGUCCCUCUCCUCGUUCUACAUACCGUGCAUCAUAAUGGUAUUUCUCUAUUGGAACAUAUUCAAGGCAUUAAACCUCAGAGCGAGAAAAGCAAAGGCGGCGAGAAGACCACAGCUAAGCAGGGACAUGAAACCGGGUAUCAUCAUCGAAAACGUUGCACAGACCAGAAGACGUCUGGCCGAGACUACGUUGCUGGCUACAGCCUCAUUAGCGCCCGGAAGUUCAUCCAUCAUUGAUGAAGGGCCGACCAACACAGGAAGCGGAAGUCAGGACGACGAAGAAGAGGGCGGAUCACCCGGCUCAGAUGACUGUCACAUCAUACAUAACGACAAAUCUACAGACUUUAUCCUGUCCACGGUCAUGGAAGAAACCGCGAUGGUGGCAACGUUAGCCACACCAUCCAACCUAACUGCCGACCCAAAUGGAAACUUGGGUUCCAGACCACAGGAUAUCGAUCUUGUAACAAGGGUCUUGAAUCCUAACCAAACAGUCAGCUCCAUUAGUGACAAGAUCCGUGAUAAGGUACCAGGGAAACGCAGAGAUUCAUCGGCAAUGUCGUUACCAAUUACAAUGACCACUUCGUCGUCGACAACAUUGACGACAACGGUCACGGUAACGGCGGCCGCCUCAACAGCCGUACCACAGCCAACAGACCGAUCAAAUCGAACAACACAGUCACUGGUGAAACGAUCGCUGUCGUCGAUGCUCCGGAACGGUUCCGAGGAGGACAGUUCAAGGUGUUCGAAAAAAGAAUAUAAAACAACCACAGAAGGGAGCAGCCGCUUCACCAUAUACAAGGUGAAUAAGGCGAGCCGGAAGAAACGAGAAAAGUCCUCGGCAAGGAAAGAGAGAAAAGCUACAAAAACCUUGGCAAUUGUUUUGGGCGUAUUUCUGUUCUGUUGGGUACCGUUCUUCACGUGCAACAUACUAGACGCGAUCUGCCACAAACUUGAUAAGGAGUGUUCGCCCGGCGUCCGGAUGUUCAUACUGACCACAUGGCUGGGCUACAUGAACAGCUUCGUUAAUCCCGUGAUCUACACGAUAUUCAAUCCGGAGUUCCGGAAGGCGUUCAAAAAGCUUAUGCGGAUAGGCACUUGACCCGUGGCCGACGGCACCGGCAAGAGUUUCGCCACGAACGCCUGCGGCAAGUGACGCGAACGAGCGCCGCAGCUGUCGUUUGUAGUUACAUAUUAUUAUGAAGUGUUCACUCGCAGUCACUUCCUGUACAUUUAUAGUUAUUAUAACGUAUCAUUAAUAUUGUAUUAUUAUUAAAUUAUUAUUGUCGUAAUAUUAUUAUAACCAAGACUAUAUUGGUAUAACUAUUAUAGGGGCGAAGAGUAAAAGUCGACAAUAAUAUAAUAUAUACGUGAAAAAAAAAUAGAAAUGAGCAAAUAUAAAUUAAAAAUAUUUCAAUAACAGGUAUAAAUGAUUUCAUUCUAUUAUUGAAGCAAUGGGCAUUGACGAAAAACUGAUACACGAAUAUUAUGUAGGUGAUGCCCAUAAAGCAUCUGCUACAGUGUCUUAACAAUAAAUUUAUAUAAUAUUAUGUGCGUUUUUGACUCGACUAUUGAAAUUUAAAACAGAUUUGUAUAAUAGUAAAUAGGUUGAAGUAUUCGUAUGCUAGUUUUAAUAAAAUUACCAUUAACAUUAACUACCAUUAAUUUCUCAUGGUACAUAACCGUAAACCAAAAUCGUCGUUAUUGAGCGCAAGUCACUGACAGACACACACUUUUGCCUUAUACAAGACCCGCAUAUUAUUGAUAUUUCAUUUAUCUCGAUAUUUUAAUAUUAUAAUAUUUGCAUAAACGUUAACGAUAAUAAUAAAAUAUACCUAACGAACCAGGCAUCUCACGUGAUAUUAAGCCCAUAAAGACUACGACGAUCACGUUAUUUAUUCUAGCAAUAUUAUAAUUAUUAUAUCAUAGUUAACAACUUUAUCAUUAGGUUUCGACUAUUAUCUCAUUUUACUUUUACUUAUUGUUUAAAAACUCUAUUUUUAGUUUUUACAAUGAAAUUUUCAAAUAAAAAUAUACAUUUGCACAAGUGAUUAAAGACUUGUAAACUUAUUAUCGUGCACAUUCAUGACUGAAUACCCAUUAAAAUGAUAUACGUUUAAAUAUAGGUGGUAAAAUAAAUUUAAAUGAUUAACCCAAAGAUUCUCAAAACGCUGUUUAGGUUUGUUAAAGUCGUAUUAAUAUAAUAUUACUAUUAUCAUUAUGC